UCCUCAGUUAUUGGACUCAUUUCGUUUAUAUAUAUCUCUCUAAGAAGAGAGAAAAAAAAAAAACUUAUACAUCUUCAAUGGCGCUUCGGAAACUCUUUACGAAGCGUUUAUUCAAUGGUUCCAAAACGACGAUGCCGUCUACAACAUUAGAACACAGAAUUGUGUCGUCUCCGCCUCUCCAACAAGCCAGAUUUUCUCCGAACCACCGCGAGUACCUCGCCUCGCCGGAUUCCGCAGACAAAGGCUUUUUCCGGCGGUUUUUCCUCCGGAGAGCCGUGUACCACUCCGGCCACACGAGGCUCCCGGAAUUCCUGUCGAUUCCCGUCGGAGAGAAGCUCAGGGAGAAGCUCAAAGGCAUCAACAAUAUCGCCGGCGUCGGAGAUCGUCUCAAAUUAGGCGACGUUAAUCUCACUCCGGUGCCGGCGCAGAGCACCGGCGAUUCAGUGUACGGUAAUGGAAUAUCCGUGAAGGAUGCGAGGAAGAUUCUGAGGGCAUCGCAGGUGGAGAAGGUGAAGGCGAAGCUGAGGGACAUUCCAGAGAGUUCGAUUUGUUACUCUGAGUUCUUGCGGAUCUGCGUUGAGUCUUGUCAGAAUCAUGAUCAAGGUGUCGAGUUCGCUAAGAUUUUGGAUGAUUGUGGAAACGUCAUCGUUUUGGGGAACGUCGUCUUUCUCCGGCCAGAGCAGGUAGCAAAAACAAUGGAGAGCUUAAUAGAUCAAUCAAUAGCCAAACCAAACGACCCAAGAAGGAAGGAGCUAGAGCAGAUGGAGAGGCAAAAGGCGAUGAUUGAUGAUAAGGCAAAAGCCCAGGUUCGAGCUGAACUAUAUUGUGGGCUGGGCUUUUUGAUGGUUCAGACCCUUGGUUUCAUGAGGCUCACUUUCUGGGAACUGAGCUGGGAUGUGAUGGAGCCCAUAUGCUUCUUUGUUACCUCCAUACACUUUGCUCUUGCAUACCUUUUCUUUAUGAGGACCUCCACUGAGCCCACUUUCCAAGGCUAUUUCUAUCGUCGAUUCAAGGCCAAGCAAGAACGUCUCAUGAAGACAUAUAACUUUGACAUCCAUAGGUACAACGAGCUCUACAGGGCAUGCUAUCCGAGUUAUCAUUCCAGUGCAAAAUCUGAACCUUCUUCGCCCUUCCACCAUUCAGAAGAGACACUCCUACGAGCCAUGCAUCGUUGAAGAAUUAUGUGUGGAUAUAACUAUUUAAGUAAAGUUAUGUGAUUACCAUGGAGGCCACCCUUUCUCAGUUGAUAACUAAAAUUUUGAUUUUAAAGCGGCACUGUUUGAGAUCUCUUUCCAUUUUCUAGUUAAUGCGGAGAAGACCAACAAGGGAUACGUAGGAUCAACUUAUAUUACCCAAUUCUCAAAUUUACAAUGAACUUAGUUGGGCUUUGCUUUGUGCAUGCAAAGUUGGACAUCGUAGCACGUAAAAUGGAAAGGCCUUGCAUGUGGUUCUUUUCGGCCAUUGGAUGA